AUGCUUGUUUCACGCUCUCUAGUAGCCCUGGGCAUCGUCGUCGCCACCUGUGCUGCUCACUUCACGAUCCCUAACGAUGAUCAAGAUAUGUCCGGGCUGACGGUCAACUCAAUUCCAUGGGAAAAGCGAGCAAGUUAUAUGCGGAAGACGAAUGAAGCUUUGUACCGCCAAAGCGGCCCGUGCCCGUUCGCGGCUUUCGGGGCAAUUAUUGUCAACCAUACCGCCGACGAGGUCGUGUGCGAAGGUGCCAAUUUCCGGACCGGCGACCCGACAAUCCAUGGCGAGAUCUCGGCAAUCAACGCGUGCACUGCGAAGUUUGCUGAUAUGGGCAUGACUCCCACUGAGAUAUAUGCCGCGUGGGGGGAGCUUUCCCUCUAUACCAACGCCGAAUCAUGUCCUAUGUGCGCGAGUGCUAUUCGAUGGGCUGGUUUCAAGGAAUACGUGUAUGGAACCACGAUCCAGCACAACUAUAAUGUCGGCUGGGGCGUUAUGACACUUAGCAGCUACGACGUCUUCCAGCAGUCUCGCCAAUUGCCCGGGUAUCAGACGGUGAUGCUGGGGCAGAUUCUGACGAACGAGACCGAUCCCCUGUUUUCAUGGCAGUAUAAUGCCAGCGCGGUUUGUCCCAACGAAUGUUUUCGGGUACCUAGUGCGACGAGGGGCGGUACUACUUGCUCUAAUGUGACGGCGAGCUCGAGGAGGGACGUGGAUGGACUUUGA